AUUCAUUCUUAUUGAAAUUUUCUGUUAGUCCCUCGUUCUUUCUAUCAUCUUUGUCUCUCUAAAAACCAAACAAUGACAAGCAAGAUAAAAGGGAAUUGGACAGUGCAGGAAGAUAAGAACUUGUGCAGUUCUUGGGUGAUGAUAUCGGAAGAUGGAGCUGUGGGUGUCAAUCAAAGGGAUAUAAGGUUCUGUGAUAGAGUGGCAGCGCAAUUUCGAUCGAACAAUCGAAACACGUCUCGUACUAUCAAAAGCAUGACUAAUCGAAUGGGCACAAUCACCAAAUACUGCAAGUGUUGGAAUUCAGCUAUCCAAAGGGCAGAGAGGAAUCAACCAAGUGGCACCAAUCAAAUGGAUGUGGUAUGAAUUCUCCGUCACCAUCAUUGUUAUUUUUUACCUCGUUCAUUAGUACGUGUGUUCUAUUUUCUAACUCCUUUUCCAUCUCAUUCAUUUAUACGUAUAGGAGCAUAUGGAAGAACAACUCUAUUUAAGCGAGACCGGAGAAAAGGGGUGGAAUUUUGGUCAUUGUUGGUGGAUCUUGAAAAGAUGCCAAAAAUUUCAUACCGUGAUAAUAAUGCCAUCUUCAAAUCAAAGCCGCAUGAGUCAAGGUUCUGAUGGUUCUCCCAUGGGUCGUGGUUAUCAAUCAAUACCACAGACAGACCUCAAUGACACAGAAGGAGACGAAGAAACUCCACCAUUCGUCGGAGAAACUCCACCGUUCGUCGAAGAAACUCCACCAUUCGUCAUAUCUCGCCCUACUGGACGCGACAAACAGAAGGCACCUAAGAAGAAAGGAAAGGGGGUUGCCGAGUCAUUAGAGAGCUACACUGCUCAAUUGCUAUAGUAUGGAAGUGAGUUGAAGGAGAGGCAUGCUUUGAGGACUGAGUAUGAGCGAAGAAUGAUAGAAUUCCAAGAACAAAAAUCAAAGCGUGAC